AUGGGUCUUCCAUAUCUCAGUCACUUGAAGCUACCUCGGCCGCGAGCGCUGCGUUCCUCACAUCUCCCGCUCCCCUCAUUGACCCAGCACGGCCUGUUACGCUUCGUCAUCCACCCGGAUGGCACUAAUCCGUCCGUGGACGUCUCUGAGGCUCUGGUUGGUGCGUCUCAUGAUGGACCGUAA